AACCUGUGUUGUGUGUGAAUUUACCAUCGUGGUUUUUAUUUAAUAGUGCCUGGUUGUUAGUAGAAGUAGAAAACCCAUCUUGUAAAAAGGACUGUGUUAUGUUUAUAUGAAAUUAUAACACUUUACUCUAGGCACACUAUAUUAAUACCAUACUAUACAUACUGUAUAUAUAAUUAUUUUAAAAGUACAACCUUUUAUGGAUGGUUUUUACAGGAUGUGGUUAGAGGAAGAAUUCCGAGGGCUGGUCUUAUCUUAGGUUACUGUUUAUAAAGACCUCAGCACUAUGAAAGAGAGACAUUUUGGGGGAUCUGUGAUACGGAAAUAUUUUCAUCUUUAGGAGAAGCACACAACUCACAAUAUGUGUACGGGAAAGUGUUCGCUGUGCAUCGGGAGAACUUUGUACCCAUUAGCACUCAUCUCCAUAAUCUGUAAUAUAGUGCUGUUUUUUCCCGAUUGGGAUGUUCAAUAUGCGCUAGAAAGACAUAUUACAAGGGAGGUAACACUCAUGGGAGGACUGGUUGGAGGAGGUGUAAUGGUUUUAAUCCCUGCAGUUCAUAUUUACAUGACUGGAGAGCGGGGCUGGUGUGCUAACCGCUGUGGGAUGUUUCUGUCCAUUAUACUUGCAGCGGUGGGUGUAGCUGGUGCCCUCUAUAGUUUCAUAGUGGCAGUGUUUGGCCUAUUGCAUGGGCCCCUCUGUAAAGAUAUACUGGACGACUGGUCAACUCCCUUUAACACAAAGGAUGUAAAUUACCUUGAAUACCCCGAUUUUUGGGAACUAUUUUGCACUGAGCCAAAGAACGUGGUGAAGUUUAAUGUGGUUCUGUUCUCAAUACUGUUGGUGGUCAACAGUCUGCAGAUCAUCCUUUGUGGUAUACAGAUGAUCAAUGGCCUUUUUGGAUGCCUUUGUGGAACCUGCAGGGACACAGAUAAUACAAGACACAACAAUGUGACAUUGACCACCACUGUACAUGUUGCCUGAUUUGGGUGAAUGGGAUCACAGCCUUCAUAUCUACCAUCCUGUCUCUUUAAUCGGCUAACUUGCGUCCUCUUGUGGAAAGAUGUAUUGUAUUGUUCAUUUGCAUAUUUAAUUCAUUCGGUAGUUGCCAUUCAUUGAAUACAAUUUAGAUGUGGGAUUUAAAUGCAGAAAUGUUAUAACAUAUUAACAUUUUAAUACAAAUGUAUUGGUACUUUUUCAUUUUUAGUUCACAUACUUAUUGGCUUUGCACUGUUUGUUAUUAAUACUGUUUGUGAAAUGAUUCAGAGACUGAAUGAUGGUGUAAAGGAAAUUGUCUUUAAUUA